AUGGCACCCGCAGUAGCAGGAAAGGCCAAGGCCAAGAAGAAGUGGUCCAAGGGUAAAGUCAAGGACAAGGCCCAACACGCAGUUAUCCUCGAUAAAGCCACCUCCGACAAACUCUACAAAGAUGUCCAAUCCUACCGUCUCAUCACAGUCGCCACCCUCGUCGACAGACUAAAGAUCAACGGCUCGCUCGCACGGAGAUGCCUGGCGGAUUUGGAGGAGAAGGGACAAAUCAAGAAGGUUGUGGGACACAGCAAGUUGAACAUCUACACUCGUGCGGUUGCUGCUGCGGAAUAA